GUCGCCGGAAAAAGACGAACACGAAGUUAGAAAUAAAAAAAUAAACAUAAGAUAUCAUUUUGUCUAUUUACGACACGUUUUUGCUGAAUUAUAUGGAAUAUCUUUCUACUUAAAUUUUAUUUGGCGUAAUAUGAGUGAUGAUGCGACUGAAGAAAAUCCGUUUUCAUUCAAGCACUUUGUGAAGACAAUAUCCAAAGAAACUCUAGAGAACCCGAGGGACAAUGAAAUCGAAGAAAGAUCAGAAGUUCCUGUCAGUAUAAAUGGGCAAGCAAAUGGCAUUAUUCAACUAAACACGGACAUUCCGUUUCCUGAAGUCGACAAGACCGUUCAGAAGAGACAAGUUAAAGGAAAAGGGUCUAAGAAGCAGUCUUAUGCAAAGGAGAAACCGAUCGAAUCUUUGCAAGAUGUGGACACAGAUAAUCCAUUUUUGUUUAAGAAUUUUGUGAAGAACGAUGCUGCAUUAAAAACAGGAGGUCGGGUGUUGCAGAUCGUCGACGAUGAGGUUUGUGAGGUGCAAAAUAACACCAAGAUCAAUGAAAACAAACGAAAGGAGAAUAUUGGAGCGAAUGAGGAUGAUCUUCACAACAGUGAUCACACUUCCACCAUAUUGAAACUGGAAAAGUCGACAGUUAAGCUGAAAAAAGAGAAUGACCAGCUUAAAAGACAACUUAAAGACCUGGAGAAAGCAAAGGAACUCGAAACAAUCAGAGCCGAUACUCUGGCGAAAAAACUAAGAGACAUGCAGCAGAAAGAAAAUGAAGAAACGCUUGCCUUAGAAAAAAUGGUUCAAAUGGUUGAAAAAAAUCUCGAACUCACCACGCAAAGGGCGUCUCAGGCAGAAGCGAUGAGCAUCAAAUUAAAAGAGGAAAAUCGGUUACUAAGAAUCAUUCAGUUAACAAAGCUACCUACGACUCCUUGGUUGAAAAGUACAACACUAAUGUUCUCAAAAUGAAGGAACGAGCUUUAUCUGUCUCAAAACAAUUGGAGACUACAACAAAAAGUGCCGAGGGUGCCUUAAGGUGAUGUAUCGUUACUUGUAGCGCGAUAAAAUUCCAUAUGGCAAACUGCAAAAUAUUUGCUCAAUCAUUUUACCUGUCGAGUUCUUGCCAUAUGCUUUUGAGUUGGGCAAACAUCAAGAGACACUGGCGCUAAAAUGAAAGAAAGUCUAAACUAAAUUUGCUGAACAUGCAGAAAGCAUAAAUCUAUAGAGAAGCCAUUAUAGAUUAUUUUACACGCAUAUUUACUGCACGUGCGCUGGAUUUCGUGCUUUACCAAAGAUUGCAACAAAUGGAAACACAGUAAAGUAUUAGAUUGACAUUUGCAAGAAGCGUAAUGCUCAAAUUUGUUGUUUGUAAAAUGCUACUGCGAUUUAUUUAACCAUUUUCAUUUCAGACAACUUUAUUCUGAGGCAGAAUCGAUAAAACUUGCUUCACAGAUGCUUGUUUCAAUCGAUAAGUUCACGGACGUUGACGAAGAUGGACAUGGCAAGAGCGAGUAAUAUUUUGCAAUGGGAGGUGGACAUUACUCCAACUGGUGCUCGAUAGCCGGCGACUGUCCCCGAAAAGUACCGAUGACACAACGUUGGCCGAAUCAAAUGAUGGAUGUUUAAUUCUAAAAACACGUGCAUUUCUCACAAUUUAGGGAAGCGCAUUGAUUAGCUAAAUCCUGCAGCGAGUUUGUUUUUCCCUAGCUAAAAAUUUAUACAAUCUUUCGGCUCUGUGAGUUCCAUACUGACUUUGUAUUAGAUCCGCAAAUGACUGUUUGAACAGCCUUCAAUAUCUCUCAGAGAAAAGAAAUGCUUACGUAUUUGCAUUUGUUAAUCAGGCUCUUUACCCACACUCAUCAUGCAUAACAGCUAAAAUAGGAUUGUCAAUCUUUCUCCCAGCACCAUUUGUAGCUUAGUCUAAAAAUUUACUAGUAGAUGAUACCUACAAUAAAUUUUACAAUGCUGUUGUUUA